AAACUGUAACCAAAAACAUCUUUAGAAGCUGUGAUCUAAUACUGUAAAUUUUAUUUUACUAGGCAUGCAUGUAAGAAAUGCUCGAAAGAUUCGAGAAAGAGAGUAUGAAGUGAUAAAGACUGAGAAUCCACAAAGAGCACAUGAAGAGAAAAACACUGAGGAUGAAUUUCCAGCAGAGUUGGCAGACAUUGACCUACAUCCUUACCUGCAUUAUAUUGUGGAUCAUAUUGAAGACAUAAAGAGGUUUGUGCGAGAAAAUGGACUGACGGAAAUAGAAGUACAGCGAAUAAUAGGAAGCUAUCCUAAUCACAUUCAAGAACAAGAUUACCAGCUUAUGCACAGUUGGUACCAGAAGCAAAGAAAAAAGGGACCACUUUUCACUUUGAGCAACGGACUCAGAAAAAUGAAUUGUAACAGGGCUGCUGAUACAAUCAUUGAACAUAUAAAGUCCGACAUUAAUCAAAAAAGAAAAGAAAAAGAAACUCUAGAACAGAUUCAUAACGAAUCAUAAGUUCAUAAACUUCAAUAAAAUGUUUACUUUGUGUGUUACACAAAAUGUGCAAAUUAUAAUGAUUUCCACAUCAGGAGGUUUAAGGUAACAUACAGUGAAGACUAGUUUGUGUGUGUUGGUCGUACUUUUUUCAAACUUGACUUCUGUUUUUUGUUGGUGAACAAAGUAUGCUUUGGUGAAAUGCUUUUUAUACUACUGCAUAUCUGUAAUGUAUAACAAGUAUUACUAGUAUUGUGGCAUUUAUUUUUUUAAUUUUAGCCAGAUAUGGUUCAAUAAACACAUGUACUUCCACUUUCAGUCUGGACACUCUGGCAUCCCCCCCAAUGUAAUGUCUAUUCAGGUCAUUCUUUGGGAGUUGUAUGUUUUGCUAAUGCAACUUCGAUAUACCACCAAGUUGCAUUUCCAGGUGCAGAGUUACAAAACACUGGAUGCCAAGUGGCUUUUCACUUUUAUCUUCUAGAGUAAGGCACCACCUCCGACGAUGUGCUGAGAAGGUUAUUUUUGAAAGUUAUUCUAAAAUAUUCUAAAAGUCUGAAUAAUAAUAAUCCAGAUGGCAAAGCACUCUGGAUCUUUUCAGUGAGCCAUCCACUCCUGUUAAUGAAAAAGUGUAUGUUUAUAUGUAUAUGUAGAAUGCUGGUCUUAGGACAGUCUAUUUGUCGUGUGACUGUUUAUAAUCUCAGGUGUCAGUAAUACGUCAUUGCUUUGUGAUGAGAACUCCAUACCUUGAGUUCUGGGAAAAUGAUUAAAAAAAAAGGGGGUUAGUGUAUAAAGAAAUCUCUCUGUAAGAAGUUGAUGCACAGUCCAGCAGUAAUAAACUUGAGUCAGACUUCUUGAAACAUGCACGUACUGACCCUGUGAGUACAGUCAUAUUUAAACAUUUUUAACAGCCAAUGUAACCCUGUACUCCUUUAAGUGUACUAACUCAGCUGUGGAGAAAAAGGGAAACUCCAUGCAAGAGUGAAACAAUAUUUGCAUGUGCUGUAAUCUCUCAGUGCAAUAAACUGAAAAUGUUCAGGGAUUGUUCAAUUUAAAUAGUCGAAAAUGAAGAGAUUAUAUUUGAUAUGGAAUAUUUUGUGUCAAAUAAUGGAGCUAAUUAUAUAAAGUGAGUAAUCUCCCUAUGUAAAGAAAACUAAUUUGAGAAACAGUUAAUAAAGUAAGUGUUUUUUAUUGUUUCAUUAUUGAAGUUCAUAUAAAAAGUUGCAGAAUCUCAGCAAAUUGUCUUUCAGCAAGAUAAUAGUAUUCAGUGGCACAGGAAACUUAAUAUUUAUAACUCCUAAAUCCAUCUGGUAAACACUUUAAAAGAUUGCAUUAACAAUUGGUUAAAUACUACCAAUUAAUAUUUUGCAGUAUUUAUACAAAGUUCUGACUAUUGAACAAUAUUUGUAGUAUACUUUUAAGUAAGCAGAGUUGCAUGAAGACAUAAGUCAUGAUGGAAGAUCUUGACACUUGGAAUUAAACCUCUCAAACCAA